GACGAAACUAUUUCACGCACUCUUCAAAAAGGAGGGUUAUUGUGAAUUGAAAACAAGUAAAUUCUUGUUGCAUGCUAUGAAUUUAUACAGAUGCAAAGAAGCUUUUCCAUGGUUUUAAGCUAUAAAUGUGACAGAAUAAACUUGGGUGCCCUGUCUUAUAGAGAAGUGUAAGAGUGUAAUUGUAACAGAGAGAAGGAAAGGCUCAAAACAUGCAGGACCUUGAGGUGUUCAAGCAGAUACCUGGAUAUAAAGCCAUUCUGAAAGCUGUCCUUAAAAAUCAGAUCCAGUCUCUGGUAAAUCAGUUAGCUCAGCAGACGGGGGAAGAAUCUGUUCUAAUCACAGCUUCACUAGAGGAGGGUACAUUGACGCAGCUAGGCUCCGAGUUUGGCAAGACGUUUCUCGAAGGUCAUGAUGAAAUCAAAUCACAGUUCCUAGGAUUCUGUCUCAAAAGAAAUCAAAUACAAAAGCAGACAAAAGAGUUCCAAGAAUCAAAACCUAGAAAAAGCUGGUCUGCUAGACGACCUAAUACUACACGAUCUGAACCAUACCCUGUCUCCUUGACAACCAGUAUAUCUAGGUCAGGCAGUCAGAAAGCCGAACAUGGGCGGAGAAAACCUAGCAAGACAAUCAAAACAGAAAUCAAAACAGAACCUACAUUCCAGUAUAUAACUCCAGGUACUGAAGAUUACGAUGCAAUGUUCACCUCGUACCCUACCAGUAACCUUGACCCCUUGACCUCGGAAGGUCAAAGUGACAGUGAGCACCCAGAAAACCACAGUCAGUCUCAAGUUGCAGUAAAAACUGAUGUGGUGAACAAACAAGUUCAUGUUGACAAUCUAAUGGUUACAAAAGAUGGCAGCGUUGAGUCUUUGUACACAGAGAACUCAGUUGACUCGAUUAGCCAGGUAGACAACCACAGCCCAGAUGGUGUGUAUGAAGGGACAGAUUCUUCAGACAUGGGAGCAGAUGAGGCAGCUAAUGUAUGUGAUGAGAUUGUGGCCGGACAAAAAAAUGAACCUGACAUGGAUACUGAACACUUCUCUGGUGAAGAUCAGAUGAGAGCAGGUCAUUUUCAGAAUGGAGGGAUAGAUACAGCAGAUAUGAUAACCGACCUAGGAUCAUCCAAAAUACAUGAUGUAACACCAUUGAAAGAAACCAAACCCAAAUUGAAAUUAUUUAGUCGAAACAGGAAAUCAAAUAUGCAGAAGAGUCUGAAAGAACGCAAAGCUGAACUUGAAAACUACCUGAAUCUCGAAAACACAGAUCGGCCGUACCCGUGUAACCUGUGUCCGAAACGCUUCAAAGAGCGGCAUCAUCUUGUAUAUCAUCUCCGAACACACAGCGGGCAUAGACCGUACGUGUGUAGCAUAUGCAAUAAAGGGUUUACACAGUCAAGUUCUCUUAACACGCAUAAAAAACUUCAUCUCAAGGACAUGUCGUGUGAAUUCUGCGGCUUGGUGUUUAGAAAAAUCUCUCUACUACAGAAUCAUGUAUGUAGGGCUCUGACGGAUUUAAACAACACCAUCUGAAAAUAUGUAAGUUAGUGGUUUUCACUGCCUGAAAAAUAUGUGUAUAGGCUGAAAUACAAGAGGUUGCCAGUUGGUUGUAACUUAGAACCAGCAAUUUAUUCACAUUUGAUGAUAAAUCGAUUCAAAUUUGACGCCAUCCAUAAAUUGAGGAAAGUUAAUUGAGCUGAAGAUCAAAGUUUACAGAUCAAGUGAACUGUUUGAAAUAUAAAAGGGAAGCAACUCUCAUAGUUGGGUAAAUGUUUGGGUUAUUAAACACUGUGGCCAUAAAUAUCUUCAAAAAGUGUUUACAUACAGU